UCCCAGUUUCCUGAAGCAACUAAAUGUAGUGGUGACUUAAUAGCACCGCCCACCUGGUAGAUACCUACAUUCAAACCAAAUGCAUUAUUGUCACCGCAAGUUCCUCUAUGGCUGCAUAUUGGGAAUACUUCACACAAUGUUUGGUUUUAUUGUUGUUUUUCUGUAAAAUGUAAGAUUGUAUUUCCCGUCAAGGCUCUGAAACGAUAUUACUCAUGCUUUGCUGGACCAGAAACGACUCGCAGACUUCGUUAAAUCAGACGGAGAGGUUCACAUUUUGGUUUUACAGAGUAUGUUUUGUAUGAAAAAGCUGCAGACAUGAGGAUCACAGACAGCGUGUUGCGAAGUUUCAGGGUCGCGAGAACAUACCGAGAAAACUCUCAGAAAGUAAACUGCGUGGACUUCAGCCCAAAUGGUGAAAAUGCGAUAUCGAGCAGCGAUGACGACUGCAUUGUGUUGUAUGACAUCAGAGAGGGGAAACCUAAAAGGACCCUGUACAGUAAGAAGUAUGGAGUCGACCUCAUCCGCUACACACAUGGAGACACACAGACAGUGGUCUACAGCUCUAACAAGCUAGAUGAUACUAUCCGAUACCUGUCACUCACUGACAACCAGUACAUCAGGUAUUUCCCAGGUCACACUGCAAGAGUUAUCGCUCUCUCCAUGUCACCUGUGGAUGAUACGUUUAUCUCGGGCUCGUUGGACAAAACGAUCCGGAUCUGGGAUCUGCGUGCUCCGCACUGUCAAGGUUUGACCAAUCCACUGGGGAAACCUGUUUGUUCCUUUGACCCUGAUGGGCUGAUAUUUGCUGCAGGGGUGGAAUCACAGGCCAUUAAACUAUACGACCUUCGUGCUUUUGACAAGGGUCCCUUUGCCUCCUUUGAGACGAGGUUUAAUCGCGUCUGUGACUGGACUGGACUCAAAUUCAGUAACGAUGGGAAGCAGAUUCUCAUCUCCACCAACGCAGGGAUGAUCCGUGUCCUGAAUGCUUUCAAUGGAUCUGUGCUGCACACUUUUUCUGGCUACAACAACAGUAAAGGCAUCUCUCUGGAGGCCUGUUUCACUCCUGACUCUCAGUUUGUCAUGAUUGGCUCAGAGGACGGCAGAGUCCAUGUUUGGAGCACUGAGAGUGGGAUGAAGGUGGCUGUGCUGGAUGGGAAACAUCCAGGACCCAUCAACACUCUGCAGUUUAACCCCAGAUACAUGACGUUUGCCAGUGCCUGCACUAACAUGCUGGUGUUAGAUUCAUACAGAGAGCCAGUACACAGCUGGGAUAAGGAUUACGAUCAGUUCCUGCUUCCUCUGCUCACACCUCAGGAGCCCUGCUACAUCCUCUACCGUCUGGACUCCCAGAAUGCACAGGGAUACGAGUGGAUCUUCAUCGCCUGGUCACCUGACCAAUCACCAGUGAGGCAGAAGAUGGUGUAUGCAGCGACCCGUGCCACACUGAAGAAAGAGUUUGGAGGAGGUCACAUUAAAGAUGAAAUAUUUGGCACAGUUGAAGACGACCUGUGCUUCCAGGGAUACCUGCGACACAUGUCCUCCAGCUGCUCCCCGGCUCCACUCACAGCAGCCGAGCAGGAACUGCAACGAAUUAAAGUCACAGAGGACAAGGUUGUGUGGGAUGAACGCAGACGGGUUGGGACUCCAACAGCACGAGCGAGGGUUACGAUGGAGUUUGGCUUAGACAAAAGGGCACAAACACUUCAAGGUCUUGCAUUCCCGUUACAAGAAGAGGCCAAACGAGCUCUGCAGCAACUCAAGCAGAGACGCAUCAACUACAUACAGCUGAGGCUGGAUGUAGAGAAAGAGACCAUUGAGCUGGUUCACACCAAACCGACAGAGACCCGUGAGCUUCCCUACAGGAUUCCCACAGAUUCACCCAGAUACCACUUCUUUAUCUUCAAACAUUCCCACCAGGGUCAGCUGCAGGAGGCGCUGGUGUUUAUAUAUUCGAUGCCCGGCUACACAUGUAGUAUCAAAGAACGGAUGUUGUACUCCAGCUGUAAGAACAGACUACUGGACGAGGUGGAGAGAGACUACCAGCUGGAGGUCACCAAAAAGAUGGAGAUAGACAAUGGCGACGGCCUGACAGAAGACUUCCUGUACGAGGAGGUCCACCCAAUGGAGCACACCUUAAAGCAGGCCUUUGCCAAGCCCCGCGGACCGGGAGGGAAAAGGGGCAACAAACGCCUCAUCAAGGGUGCCGGGGAGAACGGGGAAGAAAGUUAGACAUUAUAAACAGACACAGACACGCAGACACACACACACACACACACACACACACACACACACACACACACACACAAGGCAUUACACACUAGUACACAAGCAAACCAACACGAUAUCUGUGAAUUGACUUGUUAUUUGACUGUUUAGCUUCUUUACAUUCCUUUCUUUUUACCUACAAAAACACACCAAACAGGGAAAAUAGAUCCACCAUAAAGCAGAAAUCAUAUUUGUUUCCUGUGGUGAAAGAAAGGCAUUUUAUAAAAGUGAUAUUUAAGACUUUAAAUUCUCUUUAAGAUACACCAAAGGCACUGCUUUAUCAAACCUGAACAAGAACAGUGUUGGCAGUUUGAAUCCAGUCAGGGUGACUGGUUAGCAUUGCUGCCUCACAGCAAGAGGGUCUCUGGUUCGAACACCGGAGUGGGGGAGCUCUUCUGUGCGGAGUUUGCAUGUCUUCCCGGUAUCAGCGUGGGUUUUCUCCGUGUACUCCAGUUUCCUCCCACAGUCCAAAGACAUGCAGUUAAAUUGGUGACUUUAAAUUGCCUGUAGGUGUGAAUAGUUGUCUGUCGCUAUAUGUCAGCCUUGCGAUAGUCUAGCGAUUUGUCCAGGGUGUACCCCGCUGCUCACCCAAUGUCAGCUGGGAUACGCUCCAGCACCCCUGCGACCCCUAACAGAAUAAGUGGUUACAGAAAAUUAAUGUAUUAAUGUAGUGGAGAUUGAAUACUUUGCAGAGAUACCAAAUAUGUCAGGCUGAAUUUUUGGGGAAAGUGUUUAAUGCACAAAACAUCUACAAUGUUUCCCUAAUGUGAAAUGGUGAAAAACAUAAAUGAACACGGAGUCUUGGGUUUAAUUGUGUCACUCUGUAAACAUAUAAAGCUUUGUAUUAAGACUUGAACAAGCUGGUACACAUAAUAUAUGACAGGAAAAUUAAAUUUGGGAAAAGAAAAUUAUUCACUUUCUUGCUGAGAGUUGGAUGAGAAGACUGACACCACUCGUGUUUGUAUGUUAAGUGUGAGGCUACAACUUGCAGCUUGUUAGCUUAGCUUAGCUUAGCUUAACAUAAAGAUUGAAAACACCAAGGGUAACAAAAUCUGUCUACCACCACCUCUAAAGUAAUGUUGUUCCCAUACAGAUACCAGUAUCAAAAAUGCCCCCAUUACUGCCUAAAAUGCUGGAUCGGGUAUCUGUGAGUGUGCAAUUCUGUGCAACAUUAUGAUUCCGCGUAAUUUAUUAAUAAACUUUAAACUAGUUUCACACGUGGUUAAAGGCCAGUUUCCGGAAAUCAAUUAUUUUUCGCUACUCUGAAACAGGAGCCUACACAGCAAGUUGUCCUGCGCAGCCUCUGGCAGCUGCUGUUUUAGAGCAAUGAAGAAGAUUUGAUUUUUCUGUAAAUAGUGGAACAGAAUUGUACUCAGUAUUGGCCGAUAAACAAGCUCAGGUAUCAGAUCAGUAUCAAAAAGGAAAAAUGGUUUCAAAAUAUCCCCACUCUAAUAAUCAGCAGGCCAAUUAACGCGUCAUUUCUCUUUUGUUGAAUCCAUACAGUUUGGACACCACAGAUAACAACUUGAUAUUAAAGGGUUAAAGGGCCUUUUAAAUUUAGUUUCUUGAUUAUUAACAUUUGCCAAUUCCUAUCCAAGUUGACGGCAACAUUUCCCAUCUGCCCUCUCCUCUCUCUGCUCUCCACUUAAGGAGCUUAUUAUUCUUACUGGUAUCAAUAAUUCUGAUUCACAAUGUUCAGGAAAUGGUUAUGAAAUUUCUGUCUUAGGGUGGAACAGCCUUUAUAUUGCCUGAGUAUAGGCAGCCUAUGCUUUACCCACAGUUCACUUUUUACCAAAUUUAUCCAUGUCACAUCUACAGUUGCCUUCUUCAGUCACCUGAGCGAGGUUUGACUACACUCAGCUGAAGGCUGUUGUUUU